GGCGUUCGUUAUAAACGAAUGUGAGAGGUGGCCGGUGGGUGAGUGUAUACUGUUUAGGUUAACUGUACUAAUGAGGAGUACCGUAUUAUAACUAAACAGUGAAUGGUUGGAUAGUGUUUGAGUGUAUUGUAUACCGCAAUGAGGAUUGCCAAAAUACAUCAAUUAAAUCAAAUGAAUAUUAACUAAUAUGACAAAUCUGUGGUGAAAUCUUAAUAAAGUGUUCAUUAAAUAAGUCUAGCCUUAGAGAGGUUAACUUGUCAACACUUGGUUAAACAUGUCAGAUUUACUUUCUGCAACCAGAAGAACUAUUCGAAACCGGACUUCCAAUUAUGACGACUUGGACAGCUUGACUGAUCCUCCCGCUCAAGUGUUUCAACAGCAAAGCCAUGACGAUGAAGAAUUCUUGCCACCAUUACAGGAAUUGGAGAUGAAUUCUGUUUCAGUUGUACCUGAUGAUACGUUCACUGUAACACAGGCAGUAAAUGCAUUUGGGUUUGGAAAAUUUCAAGCAAAGCUGUCAUUAUUCACGGGUCUUUGCUGGAUGGCCGAUUCAAUGGAGAUGACAAUACUCAGUAUUCUGUCACCUGCACUGCAUUGCGAGUGGCAUAUAUCCCGCUACCAACAAGCUCUAGCAACAACUGUGGUUUUCCUUGGGAUGAUGGUUAGCUCCACAUUUUGGGGCCAUAUCAGUGAUCGGUAUGGAAGGAAACAGGCACUAACAAUGUGUGCAGUGCUUCUUUUCUACUAUGGCCUUCUCAGUUCACUGGCUCCAAACUACACUUGGAUACUAGUUUUAAGGGGGCUGGUUGGUUUUGCCAUAGGAUGUGUCCCUCAAUCAGUUACUUUGUAUGCAGAGUUUCUCCCUUCCAAGCAGCGAGCCAAGUGUGUAGUUCUGCUAGAUUGUUUCUGGGCAUUGGGAGCCUGUUUUGAGGUGCUGCUUGCACUAUUCAUAAUGCCAACACUAGGAUGGCAGUGGUUGCUGGCUCUUUCCACAGGCCCUCUUCUCGCGUUUGCCUUAAUAUGUCCAUGGCUCCCAGAGAGUGCAAGGUAUCAUGUAGCAUCAGGGCAGCCAGACAAGGCACUGCGUACGCUACGCCAAGUUGCUGCAGACAACGGCAAGCCCAUGUUGUUUGGACGACUGGUUGUCGAUGAUUCCAUCAUUGGUGAGCGUGGCAGAGUAGCAGACUUGCUAAUUCCACAGCUUAGACGCACAUCUUUUUUGCUGUGGUUUAUCUGGACUGCAUGUGCAUUUUGCUACUACGGAGUAGUAUUGAUGACCACUGAAAUGUUCGAGGCCUCAGAGCGGAGAUGCUCAGGUAGCAUUAAUGCCCUGAAAGAAGUUGACACUUGCACAGCAGAUUGUCGUCAACUCAACACUCAGGAUUACAUGGAUCUUUUGUGGACUACUUUAGCAGAGUUUCCAGGAAUAUUUGCCACAAUCUUUGUCAUUGAGAGAUUUGGACGUAAAUACACGAUGGCAGUGCAAUUCGUCAUCUUUGCUGCAUGCAUCUCAUUACUUUUUGUUUGUUUGGAAAGCCGAGCAGUAUUAACAGUGACUCUCUUCAUGGCUCGUGGAAUCAUUGCAGGUGUAUUCCAGGCUGCUUAUGUAUACACUCCUGAGGUGUACCCGACACCUCUCCGGUCUGUGGGUGUGGGAACAUGCAGUGCAAUGGCCAGAUUAGGUGCUAUGGUUACACCUUAUAUUGCACAGGUACUGCUGCAGUCUUCACUCUUAGUAGCAACCAGCGUGUAUGGUGUGGCGGCGUUGCUAGCGGCCGUAGCAUGUGUUCUUCUCCCUAUCGAAACCAAAGGUCGAGAACUCAAAGAAACCGUUAUAUUUACUAAAUAGACUUUUGUAUUAGUAUAUGACAGUAUUUUUAUCUUUUAGUAACUAAGGUUUUAGUAAAUUGAUUAACACGUAACCUGAGUAAUUUAAAAGUACGGUCAUCAAUAACAUGAACAUAUGGAGGUUUAGUAGCUUCAGUGAUGUAUUUUACAUUUCUGUGAAACUAGUCCAACUCAGAGAUCAAGACCCCUUUUCUGAAAACUGUGUAUAACAACUGUAUUCUUCUUCUCCUUGGGGUUAUCUGGAGCACCCAUUUCUGUAUAGGCUCUGAAACAAGUGAUCCUGUGGUUGUCGGUAACAGUCAUAUGUGACCAGAUUUGAGAUCCAUUUCUACCACAUCUUCACUGAGCCAUUCAUGCUCAUGUUCUUUCAAAUUGUUAGUGUUGCUUUCUGUUGAUUUUGUUGGUUAAUGUAUCAGAUUGAUAUCCUUUUUCGCAAGUUCAUCGUGCUCACAUUCUUUCAAAGUUUUAGUAUUGGUCCAUACUAACUUUAUUGGGCAUAGGUUCUCAUGCACACAUAAUUAGUGUUUUAACGACCAUAUGUUCAUGUUAUUGAUGACCAUACUUUUAAAUUACUCAUUGUCAGUGAGUACAAAAAAACUGUCUUUAUUGACCAAUACUGCGGAUGUGAAAAUCUCAGCCAUUAUCUUAAGUUGUUGAAGAAAAUUAUAGACAUCACAAAUACACAACAAAAUCCAUCCAAUCAAAUAGACGCAUUAACUCCACCACUACACUGUGGCAUUGAGACCUUUAGGCAAACUGUUUUUUCAAUACUAAAUACUCUCAUAAAUUAAAAAAAACCAACAUGGCUGACACUCAAAGCAGUAACUGCAAAAGUGCCUUGUUUUUCUCUGAAAACCAAACAAAAUAUAUUUAAUCUUGUUAAUCAAAUAAUGUUUCAAAACACAAUUCUCAGAUACAUAAUUUUUCUAUCUUACAUUCCUUGACAUGUCAAUUGUUAUAUGUUUGACAAUUGAAUAUAAACUAAACUAUUUUACUUAGUAAAAUGGCACCAACUAAAUAUCCUUGUGGUAUAUGUAGUAUUAAGGUCAAAUAUUCAGGUAUUAGAGUCAAGUAUUCAGACAAAAGUAAAAGUGGCAAAGCUCCAGGAGAGGAUGGUAUACCAGUAGAACUGGUAGCUGCUGGCUGUAGGGAAUUAACCCCAAGUUAUAUUUAAAAACAUGAGAAAUAGAAAAAUGCCUCUAAACUAGUCAGAAUCAUUGCUUAAGAAUGGAGACUCCUUCAACUGCAACAACUACAGAGGCAUUUCCUUAUAGAACUUAACUUACAAAAUAAUAUCAAAACUAGUGCUUUUACCAGUUUAAAAUAAAUAGUGAAAAAAUACUACGAGAUCAUCCAUCAGAUUUUAUGAAAGGAGAUCAAUGACUGACCAAAUUUUUACAAUGAAGAAUCAGUCUUCAGAGUAUUUGGAACAGCUAACAACAAUAUCUAUUUAUCAUUUAUUGAUUUAAAGAAAGCAUACAAUAGUAUAUAUAAAUAAAUGAAAAAUCUGGAAAUUGAUAUACCAGAAAAGCUAAUUAACUUGGGAAAAAAUGUGUGUGAACAACUCCAAAGAAAAAAAAAUUAGAAAUAGAAAAGACACAUACAGACACAUUUGAAAUCAGCACUUAAGUAAGGCAAAGAGAAGGGCUCCUUUCCUGUUCAAUUUUGAUAUUGAAAAUGCAUUGAGAGACACAAAAAGUGUGCCAGAAGGUCUAAAAAUUGGGGGGGGAUAAAUGUGCUGGCAUUUGCAGAUGACAACAAAUUUUGGCAGAAACAAGAGGAGCUCAUGAAAUUAACAGAUAUUUUCAUUAUAAGCAACAAAGGACGCAUUAUUAGGUAAUGGAGAAAAAUUAGUAUGGAAGUGGAAGAUCUGGAGAGGAUCAAGCAAUACUAGAUAUGUUGAGUAAUCAGUUUUAGAAAGUAUAUGAUUUUAAAUAUUUUGGGACAGCCUUCAAGAAAAACAACAUAGAAGAUACUGCAAUAAAGCCUAGGUUAACUGCAGCAUACAGAAGCUACUGGUUCCUGAUAAAGCUACUUAAGUACACUAUUUAUAUGAUCUGUAACAAAUUUUGACGAGUUACAAUUCUCAAAGAAUUUGUAAAUAAAGAAUUUGUCUAUUGUCUAUUACAAUAAGUAAUAAGAGGAAUUUAUACAAUACAAAGAUAUUUUCAUAAUUAUAAUGAAAGGAGACCAAAAAGGAAUAUGGGAACAUCAUACAACAGCAGAUCUGAGGAAGAGGAAGAAAAGAUUUGGGAAUAAAAUAAGAUAGGACUGUUUAGUUAAACCCUCUGUCUAUUUUUUUUACGUAGAUGCUCU